GAUUGCUUGCUAGCGUGUUAUCGAUCCGCGAGUUCUACUAGUUGGAGUGUAGGUGGUGUGAUUUUUUCGAUGCAAAAGCGAAUCUGUUGUUGAGUUGUUACGGAAAUACAGAACAGAUAUAAUAAUGGAAAAGGUCGCCGUCGGGGAUGUGAUGCUGCUGUGUUUGAUCGUGGCUAUUUGCGAUGUUAUAGCCGAAGAUGUGUGCCCGCCAGGACUCAAACACUACCUUGAGCUUGGUUGUAAACCGAUUCAAGAUGAAGGACAGCGCUGCCCAAAUAGAUUUGAAUGCCCGGCGCUAACGGAUCGUGACGGCCAAAAGUGCUAUUUCAAUGGAAACAUUUACGAGCCUGGGAAAUCUCUGACUACGGAAGAUCAAGAAUUAGUUUCCUGUUCUCCUGGCUGUCGAUGUGAUAACUAUUCUUCUCCUGCAUCGUUUACCUGUGCCUAUAUCGAUUGUCCGGAGUUCUUCAGUCAUGAUGAAAAUUGUGUUAAUCAAUACACUCCUCGAGGAUGUUGUGCAUCUGGAAAAGUUUGCGGAGACGCCAUUAAAAAAUUAAGCGAGUGCUACAUGGAUGGUGAAAAAUAUCUGGAGGGCCAAAAAAUAUACCCCAAGGACGAUGGUUGCUACUUCUGUCAUUGCCAGAAAAAUUUUGACAACAGUACAAUCGUGGGAAAUCCAAACUGCUAUGAAAUCAACUGUGGUAUCGAGCUUCGCAACAUUGAUCGAGUAAUGGAGGGUUGUAUCCCGGUGUACUUUGGGACUGAUCGGUGUUGUCCAAUCUCAUGGAGAUGUCCUGAUGACAAGGAUACAAUUAUCGUAGAAGGACGAUUGGACUCAAUUGGCGAAGCUGACUCGAAGAUGCAGUGUAACUUUGGCAAUCUGACGAUGAAUGUUGGCGAUUCGCUUUCUUCCGAUGAUAAGUGUGUGUCGUGCAAAUGCACCGUACCUCCCAUGCCGCAUUGCAUACAGGCUAGAGAUUGUUGAAUGAAUGUUGAAUUUAAUAUAUUUAAUAGGUUAGUAAACAGUACAAGUUGUUCGCCAUAAA